AUGUCUUCAUCUCCUUCGUCCUCUCUUCGCAAGAGAGGCGGGAGAAAGGAGGCCUACUCUCCAUUGCCUUCGGACGAUGCCUCCUCUCCUUUGUCUUCAUCCAAGCCGAGCGUGGCUUCCACGAACCAGUCGGGAUGGGACUAUAGGCUGGCCUUAGUCGUUCUCACCAUCCUGGCUUUCAUCACCCGGUUCUAUAAGAUAUCCUACCCUAAUGAAGUGGUAUUUGACGAGGUGCAUUUUGGCAAGUUCGCUUCGUACUACUUACAAAGAACUUAUUUCUUCGAUGUGCACCCUCCAUUUGGCAAAUUGCUCUUCGCUUUCAUGGGGUGGCUGAUUGGCUACGAUGGCCACUUUUUGUUCGACAACAUCGGCGACUCCUAUAUCGAUAACAAAGUUCCUUAUGUCGCUCUCCGCGCAAUGCCGGCCACUCUGGGGGCUCUGACCAUCCCUGUGGUCUUCCUCAUCAUGUGGGAAUCCGGAUAUUCGUUGCCGGCCUGCGUGUUGGCUGCCGGUCUCGUACUGUUUGACAAUGCCCACGUCGGAGAGGACAGACUGAUUCUGCUGGAUGCCUCCUUGGUACUAUCCAUGGCACUAAGCAUCCUGUGCUACGUUCGCUUCUACAAGCUGCGUCAUGAACCCUUUGGCCGUAAAUGGUGGAAGUGGCUGCUCUUGACGGGCGUUAGUCUCAGCUGCGUUAUCUCUACGAAGUAUGUCGGUGUUUUCACAUUUGUCACCAUUGGUGCUGCGGUUUUGGUUGACCUGUGGAACUUGUUGGAUAUCAACCGCCCAUCGGGAGCUCUCAGCAUGGCCCAUUGGACUAAGCACUUUGCUGCCCGCGCAUUUGCCCUCAUCAUUGUGCCUUUCUUCUUUUACCUGUUCUGGUUCCAGGUCCAUUUCGCCAUUCUCACCCGCUCCGGGCCAGGCGAUGAUUUCAUGACCCCGGAGUUCCAGGAAACCCUCAGUGACAACCUCAUGUCGGCGCAGUCGAUCGGCAUUCAGUACUAUGACACAAUCACUAUCAGGCACAAGGACACCAAGGUGUUUCUUCACAGCCACUGGGAGAAGUAUCCCCUCCGCUAUGAUGACGGCCGUAUUUCCAGCCAGGGCCAGCAGGUCACAGGAUACCCAUUCAACGACACGAACAAUCACUGGCAGAUUCUGCCUUCUGUUCCCUAUCCUGAAACCGACAGGCAAGGCCACAGUGUCAAGAACGGCGACAUCGUCCAGCUCCGUCACGUCGGUACUGACACCAUCCUGCUGACGCACGAUGUUGCGUCGCCUUAUUAUCCUACCAACCAGGAGUUCACCACCGUUUCUCAUGAAUUGGCCAAUGGUGAGCGACACAACGAUACGCUGUUCGAGAUCAAGAUCGAGAACGGCAAGCCUCAACAGGAAUUCCGCUCUCUCUCAAGCCAUUUCAAGCUGAUCCAUGUGCCCACUCGCGUCGCGAUGUGGACCCAUACAACCCCCCUUCCUGAGUGGGCCUUUAAGCAAGCCGAGAUCAACGGCAACAAAAAUAUCCUUCAGACGAGCAAUCUUUGGUUCGUGGACACAAUCGAGUCGUUGGAAGAAAACAGCCCCCGUGCUAUAAAGAAAGAGCGCCAGGUCAAACAUCUCCCCUUCUGGCGCAAGUACCUUGAGCUGCAACGGGCUAUGUUCUUCCAUAACAAUGCUCUGACCAGCAGCCAUCCGUACGCCAGCGAGCCCUUCCAGUGGCCCUUCCUACUCCGAGGUGUCAGCUUCUGGACCAAAAAUGACACCAGAGAGCAGAUUUAUUUCCUGGGUAAUCCUAUCGGGUGGUGGAUUGCCAGCAGUCUGUUGGCUGUCUUUGUCGGGGUCAUCGGCGCUGAUCAGCUGUCCCUUCGCCGCGGAGUCGACGCUCUUGAAGAAAUUUGGGGCCGUGGCGCUCGUUCUCGUCUGUACAACAGCACUGCCUUCUUGUUCCUUUGCUGGGCUGCCCACUACUUCCCCUUCUGGCUGAUGGGUCGCCAGCGUUUCCUCCACCAUUACCUUCCGGCUCACGUCGCGUCUUGUAUGGUCGCAGGAGCCCUGAUCGAAUUCAUUUUCAAUUUGCAGCCGAUCUCCGUGGCUAGAGCUGUAAAGGAAGAUGAUCCGACUGGCAAGUCCAAGGCCCAUGGUAGCGCCGGUCAUUUUGUCACGGCGAAGGAACGAAUGGGUCGCCAGUCGCUCAUUGCUGGAUGGGUUGCGACCCUGGUCAUUCUGAGUUUGACGAUCUGGGGAUUCUGCUUCUUUGCGCCCCUGACAUACGGUACCCCUGGUUUGGAUGUUGCAGGCGUCAAUGCACGGAAAUGGCUGGGCUAUGACCUGCAUUUCGCCAAAUAA